AUGGAACCAAAACGACUUAUAAUUGGAGCGGUUGUUUUUCCUGGCUGGUAUACUCUUGAUUUAUGUGGACCUAUAAGCCUUAUGGGAUCAAUACAAGGAAUAGAACCAUUACCAAAAGUUGAAAUGUACACAAUAACAUCGCCUACCCAAACUGAUAAAUUAGUUAAAUCUUUUCAAAACUUUACAGCAAAAGCCGACUUCCAUUUUAAUGAUAAAAAUAUUCCUGCUGUUUUGGUAGCUGCAACUGGGUUGCUGGAUGGAAAGCAAGCAACUACAAAUAAACAAGCUAUAAAAUAUCGUUGGAAUGAUUUAGUUAUUGGUGCAGGAAUGGAUAUGGCUUUGGAUUUUAUUAGAGAGGUUUAUGGUGAAGAAGUAGCAAUAGCGACAGCUCAAGCUGCUGAAUAUGAUUGGCAUCAAGAUCCACAUUAUGAUCCUUUUGCUAAGAAAUUGGGACUUUCGAAUUCUAAAGAUUCAGAAUUAGGAUAUUUUGUUUAA